AUGAUGGUAGUAUUGAGGUGCAGACAUAAUGAGCAGGGGCAGCAUAGUGGGCUGGGGCAGCUACUACAACUUUAGCGGCAGCUGGAGCUGGGUGCACGGGGUGUCCAGAUUUUUCUACGACUGCGUUGAAACCGUUGUGGUCAUCAGCGGUAUAGUGAACAGUUCUGAGAGUACCAUCGGGUUCAGCUACAGUGUAAGAUCCCUUGACUACGUCACCAUCGCGAACUUCGUGUUGAGUUUUGUGGUCACCGGUAUGAGGAUCUUGAACUCCAUAGUUGUAUUCGUAUUUUGGUUCUGCGUAAUAGUCUUGGUGUUCGUGUGCUGGAGCGUAUCCAUGAGAAUAGGAUGGGGCUACGUAUUUGGCGACGACUGGAGCGGCGUGUAGAACUGGGGAAGCAUGACCAUAUACUGGGGCUGCAUGUGCAACUACUGGAGCAGA